AUGAAGGAACUCAAAUACUUGUGUCGUUACAAGACCUAUGUUGAUGACUUCGAAGAGGAGAAGAAAAGUUUGACUGCAAGAAGAAACACGGUGCUCAAGAAUAUUGAAGAUGCCAGGCACCGAAAUGAAAAUCAGGUUGAAGAUGAAGUUGAACUGUGGUUAGAAAGAGCCAAUGGUCUCAUAGGAGAAGACACAAAAGGAAAGAAGAAAUGGUUUGGUUUGGUCACUAAUUGCUUUUGGCAGUACAAGCGAGGCAAGGAGCUGGAAAGGAAGACGCAAACGAUUAAACGACUGAUGGAACAGAGUAACUUCGCUCGUGUUGCUCGAUCAACUGGGCUUCCAGGCAUCGAGUUCUAUUCUUCUUCAAAUUUUAUGACUUUUGAGGAUAGAAAGUUGAUCUCUGAGAAGCUGAAGGAGGCAUUGAAAGAUGACAACAAGUUUAUGAUUGGAUUGUAUGGGCUAGGUGGAACAGGGAAAACCACAAUGGCAAUAGAAGUAGGUAAAGAUGUGGAACCAAAGUUGUUUGAUAAAGUCAUCUUCAGUGUUGUCUCAAAGGAUGCAAACUUGAAAAAUAUUCGGGACAACAUUGCAAAACACAUGGGUCUGCGUUUAACCCAAGGAGAGGAUGAAUCUGAACAAGCGCAAAUAUUAUGGAAAAGAAUAGCAGAAGGUGGAGAAAAGGUACUUAUAAUACUAGAUGACGUGUGGCAAAAGCUUACACUGCGAGAAAUAGGGAUUCCUCUUGGCCGCCAUGGCAAGGGUUGUUGUGCUAUUUUGCUGACCACACGUGAUCUGAGAGUUUGUAUAGAUAUGGGAUGCGAUGAGCUUAUUAAACUUGAGGUCCUAAAUGAAAAGGAUGCAGUUGAUCUUUUCCUAUCUUAUGCUGGCAGGAGCAUAGAUGGUCCUUCCAAUGGUUUUAAGGAUGUGGCUUUAGGCAUUGUGAAGGAGUGUGGAAGUUUACCAGUUGCAAUUGUAGCAGUGGCAAGUGCACUAAAGUCUAGGCCUUUAUCAGAAUGGCAGGAUGGUUUGAAAAGAUUGCAGACUCAUGAGGGAAUUCACGAUGUUAAAGAAGAGUUAAAACCGGCUUAUAACUCUUUGAGAUUAAGCUAUGAUAAUCUCAAGAAUGAAAAGGCGCAACAACUCUUCCUCCUGUGCUCUCUCUUCCCGGAAGAUUAUGAAAUACCUAUAGAACUUUUAACCAGGAUUGCUAUAGGUGUUGGCCUUUGUGGAGAAGCUAACAUAUACUCUGAUGCAAGGAGUCAUUUUACUCCAAUUAAAAAUGAGCUCACAGAUUCCUGUUUGUUAUUAAAGGAUGAGAAUGAAUGUGUCAAAAUGCAUGACUUGGUUCGGGAGGUAGCUCUAUGGAUUGGAAACAAACAUGUUCAAGCGGGCAUGAAUUCUAACUCAACUUUAAUGGAAAACAUCCAAUAUUCAUCUUGGAACAUAGUUGACUUUCCGAAUCAUUUUGAUGGCAAAAAACUUGAGGUUCUUUUACUUUGGAUAAAUGAUGCAAAUUCUCCUUGGAUCAAAGUUCCUGAUGCUCCCUUUGAAGGGAUGGAGAACCUUAAAAUUUUGGCUUUAAUGGGUUUGUCAGAUUUAGAAACUUUAGCUACUUCCUUAUUUCAAUCGCCUUUGUCAUUGACAAAUGUUCGAACUUUGGCCAUAAAGAAUUUUAAGUCAUUAGGAGAUAUAUCUAUUUUGGCAAAUCUAAAAAACCUUGAGAGCCUUGAAUUGAACAAUUGUUCGAUUAUUGAAUUGCCAAAAGAAAUUAAAGAACUUCAAAAAUUAAGAUUGUUGGAGAUGGUGAACUGUUCUUUUACUGGAAGAAAUAAUCCUUUUGAAGUGAUUGGAAGUUGUUUUCUCUUAGAGGAGCUGUAUUACGAUUCAAAUCUUGUGGAUGAUUAUGACGGGCAAAUUACAACAAUUCCUAGAUUGGAAAGGUAUCACAUAAUGGAUCGGGUUCCGGUUUAUUAUAGUGAUUAUAAAGAGGAUUCUUCAGUAUCUAGAUAUUUUAAUUCAAUGAACUUAAAAGUAUACUUCUCCAAUGAAAUAUUUAAGCUCCUUGUGGCAAGAGCCGAAGUUUUGGUUUUAGGACGAGAUUACUACAACAGAGGAUGGACAAAUAUUGUUCCUGACAUAAUAUCUGUGGAAGAUGACAGCACGAGAGAUCAAUUAACUAGGCUCUCUUUGGAUUCAACGAAUGAGAUAAAGUGCCUAAUCCAUACUGAGAAUCUCCGACCUGGUGUGGCUAUCUUCUCCAAGUUGGUUGAACUGAUGCUUUCUUCUGUGGAUGUGAGAGAACUAUGCCAUGGGCCUUAUCCUGUUGACUUUUUGAAGCAACUAAAGGAGCUGGAUUUAUCUAGAUGUGAAAAAUUGGAAGGCACGUUAUUUGAUGGCAAGUUAGAGCUGUGUAAUCUUAAAUCCAUAUAUCUAAAUGAAUGUUCAAUGACAUGCCUUUUUCAUGCAUCCACAGCACAGAGUCUAAAGCAGUUGGAAAAAGUGGAUAUUACAAAAUGUUCGAAGUUGAAAUACAUAGUAGCAGAGACUAUGGAUGAUCAGGAUCCUAAUCAAAAGAGUCAUGACUCAAUGUUGCCAAAAUUGAAAUAUCUCACGAUAUACCUCUGUGCUGAAUUAGAAUUUAUAUUGCCAAUAUGUUUUUGUGAAGACCUUCCACUACUAGAAAGUAUGAAGAUUGAAGAUUGUGAGAAACUAAAAUACGUAUUUGGGCAAUAUCCAAAGCAUAGAGAUUUGCACCAAAUGGGGAAAGAAGCCAUCCUCCAGUUGCUAGAAGAAUUGAGAAUUUAUGAGGUACCGAAUUUCAUCAACAUAUAUGCAGAAUGUUAUCUCCCACAGCCUUGUUCUGAUGAAGUUCAAAAGUCAUCUCCAAGUGCAAAAGUAGACAGCAGUAGCAGUCUAUCAAGGGGUCAUCUAUGUUGUUUUUGGGCAAAAUCAAAAGCCUCAACUAUACGUCACACUUCUGCUCCCAUAGACACUCAAUCAAACCAUAAUCAGGCAUUAAAGGUGAAAUAUGUUGUCAACAGAGCUCAUGGUCUUUUCACGCCACCAUUAUACCCAUGUAGAAGUUUGAGAUGGAUACGGAUAUUUGGAUUUUCUGAGUUAAAGUCACUCUUUACGCCAUCCAUUGCCUCAUCAUUGAAAUUGCUGGAACAGUUGGCAGUUGGAAAUUGCGAUGCACUAGAGCACAUAGUAACAGAUGAGGAGCAUGGUCAUGAUCGUGGGAAUGUUAACUCUAUUUUCCCAAACUUACGGGAGGUUGGAGUCUGUGACUGUAGCCACUUGGAAUACAUUUUCCCUGCUUUUUAUUCAAAAGACUUGAAGCAUUUAGAAUCUGUGGAGAUCACCGGGGCUGGAAUGUUGACACAUGUCUUUGGGAAAUGCCGUGCUGAUGAGAAUCUUAAUGUUCAGGUUGAUAUUAAUCUCCCAGCUUUGAAAAGCCUAGACCUUUGUGAUUUACCAAAUAUGGUUGGCAUUUGUGCUAAAAACUAUUAUGUGAAGGAACUAUAUCUAGAAGAUAUUGGGUUGAAUGAAUGCCCACAACUUCCUUUGAAAACUUUGAUGGACUUAUUGGUUGAUGGGCAUAAAAGACAAGAAGAUCUGUCAAGAAGAAAGGCAUUACCUCUUGAGAAGAAAGGUAAACCACUUUCCAACACGCAAGAAUUGCCCAAGUUGGAGGAUAUUGGUGUGGAACCUAUUAUUUACAUGAGCUUUCAAAAUCUUUCCAAGCUAACAAUCCAGGGAUGCAAGCAUUUGAAAUUUAUCUUCUGCGCAUCUACCUUAAGAUGGCUGCAAAAACUGAAAAGGUUAUGGGUAUCAGAGUGCGAAGAGCUAGUGAGCAUUAUGGAGGAUGAAGAGAAUCACAAAAAUCCUAUGACUCUCCAUCAAGUAUGUUUCCCAGAGCUACGCGGAGUAACAGUGACGCAUUGCAUAAGUUUAAAAUGCUUGUUCCCUAUGUCAUGUGGUAAGCUUCCACGACUCUUGUAUGUGAGUAUAGUAGAUGCCCCUCAGCUUGGGCAAGUAUUUGGAUGGAAGCAGGCAGAGGGACAGAAGCUGGUCUUGGAGAAUGUGCUUCCCAAACUAAUUGCAAUAAGACUAGUAAAACUGCCAAAUCUUCAUACUAUCUGUCAAGGGAUUGAUUUUCAUACUGUUAAAAUCCGUCGUGUGCGUCAAUGUCCUGCUAUUUCUUUACCUUCAGCUUAUGAUGGUAGCAUCCAAGAAAUGGAUGAAUUACUAUCUCAAACACUGUCUAAUGAAGACUACUAUGACUACGAGGAGGAUAUUUGUGACUGGGCUUAUGAGGUUAGUGAUGAACGGGAAUCCGAGCGGGCAGAGGCAUCCGAGGUUAUUGAAGGAGACUCCAUAGUUUCACCAAAAUCACCAGAGAUCAAAGAAGAGGAAUCAUUAGAAGAAGACAUGAAAAAAGACUCAACAAUGUCCCAACAGAAUAAUGGUUCACCAAAUUUUGAAAAAAGUGAGGAAGUAUCAAAGGAAAUUGGCAUAAGAGACUCCACAACACACAAAACAAAAAGUAAUUUUCCAAAUUUGACAGAGGAUACCAUUGCAUCAACAAGUGGAAUUGUCGAAGAAAAACUCUCAACAACUCCGUCAUCUAGUUCAGACAUGAAUCUCAAAGCAACUUUUGGAGAAGGUCCUUCAUUUGAGAAGUAUGACAAAGAAAGUUCAUCAGCUUAUUCAAAGCCGAAAACUGAAGAACCUUACACAUUAGCUCCUUCUGAAGAGUUAUGUGGAAAGGAACCAAUGGGUGAUCAACAAGCACCUGGAGAAAAUAAAACCUCUAAUGAACCUCCUCAAAGAGUUGAAGAACCUAUCAAAGAAUUUUCCUCCAAAGAAACAUCAAAUGAAAUGGUCUCUUCAAUCCCAUCUCCCAAAAAGCCUCAAAUAGCAACUUCAGCAUCUCACGUGGAAAUGGAGUCAGGGAUCUCUGCUAUUACCGAUCACACUGCCCAAGAUAAAACCACGGAGAAACCAGAGACCUCCGCUGGGAAACAAAUCAAGUUUGACCAAGGAAACCAGAAGCAAUUUGCAGAAGAUGAUCUGAUGAGAUUGUUCCGAAUAAUGGACGAAGGUGCUGAAAUGGAAGUUCACAUACCUGAUGUAUCCAAAAUUGCAGCUCUUCGAGAUGAUAACGAGUUGAAGAAGGCUCUCACUGACUUGGAAGCCUCAUUGAAGAUGAGUCUGAGUGAAAUAACUUGCUCCGAAGAGAGCAAACUUCGCCUUGAGAAUGCUCUCAACAUCUUAUCCUCCCACUGUUCUGAAGAAGGAGCUCCCUCUCAUGGCCUUCAAGCUACAAUUCACUCUUUGCAACAAGAAAUCCAGACUGUUCUAUCUUCCUCCAAGCAAGCCUAUGCCUCUAUUGACACAUUCAACGAGCUUGAACGAAAAGAGAAGCUUAUAACUGAAGAAGCUUCAAAGAGAAAGGAAGCAGCCACAACUCUUCUGUCUAAAAUUCACAAUAAAGAGAGUUCUUUGGCCGAGGCUCAGCAAAAAGAAGCAGAGUUGAAGGAGAAAAUCUCUAAGAUUCAGGCUGAAGUGUAUAGGAAGGAAAAAGAAAUCCAAGAGUGUGAGAUUGAACUGUUAUCUCUCAAAGAACAGAAGAAGAAGAGUGUUUUUGAGACAAUGGGGCUGAUAAACCAGUUCGACGCAGUGAAGAGAGAAAGGUAUCACAUGGAGGAAGAAAACAUAAAAGCAAAGCAACAACUACAAAAUAUGGAUGUUAAGUGGUCUUCUUGUCUAUCCAAUCUGAGAAAAGUCACACCGCUACUAGGAGUUCGUCUUCAACAUAAGCUUUCAUAG